UUGUGCGCCGAUUUUAGGCUUUCAAAAUAGAGUUGAAGCAAAAAAAAAAUAAAAGGAACAUCUCUGGGAUCUUUAUUCCUGUUUUUUUUUAUACGUCGUUUAACGUAUAUCUAGCAAUAACACUGCGCAAUUAGCAACAACAAUGUAUAAUAUCAACAAAAAGGCAUCGUCAACAUCAACUAGUUGGAUGUCAUUGUCAACGUUGGAAUCGGAGAUGACGGCAGGCAAACGGCGCGCGGCUGGUGGCGUUUUGACCGGCCUAACACCGUCCCAUGUCGCCGUUAGUGGCAGCAGAAAGCUUUUAUUUGCAGUCGCGCUGUUUGUCCUGUUGGCCAGCGUUAACUGUGCUGCUGAUCAGAAGACUGUUAAACCAUCACCGAUAUCACCGUUAACGUCAGCAUCAUCAGCGAGUCUCUCACCAACGUCCAAAGACGAAAUUUACAUUGAUGAUGAGAGCAUUGAGGGGUCCGGCGGUCGUGGCGGGCUGCAUGAUGAUUUAGAGAAGGAUCCCGAUUACUCUGGUUCCGGUUUUGGUCCUGAUGACGAAGACUCAUCCACCGAUUUGCAGCAUUCGCAUCGUGGAAUUAAUUCACAAACACAAUCGGGUAAACAUAAUACGAACGCCAAUAACAACGACGACGACGACGACGAUCUCAUCUCGAGUAGAACUCAUCAUCAAACGAAUAGUGGCACAAUCAUUGGCAGCAAUAGCGGCAGCAAUUCAGGCAUCAUCGGUGGCAAUAGUGGUAGCAACACUGGCCUCAAUACAAUUGGCGGCGUUGCGCACACAGACGACGAAGAUUUCGAUCUCGGCGAGGGUGGUGAUGACGUGGACGACGACGACAAGCAACAAAUUAACGGCGGCGGUGGCGGCGGCGGCGACGGUGGCUUGUUUGCCGGCAGCGGUGAUGGCGGUUUCAUCGAUCGCACUGACGACGAUGACGAUCACACCGGCGAUGUGGAUGAGGACGAUCAAGAGGAUCUCAUUGAGCGUCCACAUCAGCGUCAGCACGAGUUGGGCGGCAGCAAGCCAACGUCGAACGUUGACAGCAGCACUUCAAGCAGCACCACCUCUUCCACCUCAUCAUCCUCCACUACUGGCAGCAGCAGCGAUAGCAAUGAUCGCAAGCAGAUCUUGAGCGCUAAUGGCGACGAGGACGAUGAGCGUGUGGCCGAGCAUGAUGAAGAUGAAGGCGACGACGAUGAAUUCGAUGAAAACUAUGAUGAGGAUAACAAGGGCGAUGAUGAGGACGACCCCGAUGAUCACGAUGCUCAUGUGCACGAAGAAGAUGAGAAUACCGAAGUGUACAUCGAUGGCACGGAACCGAAUGCCAAGGGCGGCAGCGUCAGCCAGGAUAACGAACGUCAGUGCCUUUACUUUGUUUUUUUCCAUAUCUUUUUCCUUUUAUUCUAUUAUUCUAUUAGCCUGGUUUGA